AUGACAGUUGAUACUCUUUGGGGAAUAUCACAACUUCCUGAUGAAGUCAUAGAACAAAUCAUAGAUUAUAUUCAACCAUUUUCAUGUCAGAUCAAACUAAUGCCGAUACCGGUAUUCCAACCAUUUAUUAUUCAAAAAUUAUGUUAUCUGAAAAAAUGGAUAGUAUCUAAUAGUUCAAUGAAUCCAAUUAUAAUUAAUAAAUUAUUAGAAACUAAUGAAGAUGAUGAAUUAAUGCCUGUGGGGUAUAUUCGACCCGUUGCUGUUGCUGGCGGUGCUACUAGUAGAAAUUUCAAGAAUAUUCAAGUUUCUUGCGAUAUCGACCACGAAAAUGAAUUUCUGGUUCAUAAUAUUGGUUCAUUGAUAGAUAUAGUAAAGAGAUUCAAUGGAUAUUUUCCCAAAAAUAUAAUGUUUAAAUCAUUUGAAUGUUUUAAAGAAUGCUUGAUUAUGUAUCCGUCAAUUAUUAAUAAUGCUCUGGAAGUAACGGUUAAAAUUGCUAAAUUUACUAAAAGCAAUUCUCAAAGAGGUGAUAGAUAUUGGACACAAGUUAAUGAUUUGAUAAAUUUAGAAUGUGAUAAUGUUACACGAUUGGAGAUACAAUAUGUUGAUUUAACUGAUUUGAAAUUGGAUAAUUUAACUAUGUUGAAAAGCUUGAAAUAUCUGGGUCAAAUAGAUAGAUUUAAUGGCACUCUACAACUGUUGGAUUUAAAUAAUUUGGAAUCGUUGGAGUUAACUGAUAUUAUAGUUGAUGGAAAUAGUUUGAAUUUAUUUCCUGAAAAUCUACAAAGUUUGAAAAUAGAAAAAAUUAGAAUAUCCCAUCUGAAUUUGCAAUUCCCAUUUAAACAAUUAUAUGAAUUUCUGGCAGGGUUUGAAUUACUUGACGAAAAUAGUGUCAUUGAUUUGAAUGAUACUUUCUUGAAUGAGAUUACCAUACUUGGAUGUGAUCAAUUGGUUUCAUUGGAUCAAUUGAAAUUACCAACUUCAAUUACAAAAUUAUCAAUUGAAAAUUGUUAUUACUUAUGGGAGAUGCAUUCAAUUGAACAAUACACCAAUUUGAAAUCAUUCAAAUGGUCACAAGCAUUAUUAUCCCUUGAUUUUUAUUUGUCUACAACAUUUCCCGAUUCAUUAACUCAUUUAGCAAUAAAUGGUCAAGAUUCAAAAACUGAUACAAUAAUUGAAGAUUUAAAGAGAAUGAUACCUAAUAAAUUUGAAUUCGUCUAUGGAAUAAAUUGUUUUCGACUUGAUGAAGAGUUCAGAUUUCCUAAUAAUUUAACAAAUUUAACAAUUUCAAAUUGUCGUUAUCUAACAAUUGAUUGUUCGCAUCUUGAACUACCUAAUGGAUUGAAAUAUUUGACAUUACUGAAUUUAGCGAAUCUUAUAAAUAUUGAUGAAUUUAAACUACCUAAAGAUUUAAUAUGUUUGAAUUUAAAUUCAAAUAAGAUCAAAUGUGUUCAAGGUUUGAAAAUUCCUAAAAAUUUAAGAGUUUUAAAAUUGGAUGAUAAUAGACUUGAACAAAUACCUGAAUGUUUAAUAUCUAAAAGCAUGAACAAACUAACUCAAAUUUCAUUAACUGAUAAUCUAUUAACUUAA